UAUAAUCUUACCUUGUUAAGUAACACAUAGGAAAAAGGAAGCAAGUUGACAUUCUGCUUCCGUCAGCAAAACGGUGAGAAGAUAACGCGUGUAGUUUCUGCGUUUAUUCAACUAAUAUUUUAUACUUUUCCAAAUUACAGAACACCCUUAAUAUAAAAUGGACGUGAAAAGGGAUUGCGUAUCAAGUCAAUGUAACUGCAUAAUUGAAAGUUUGUUGAGUAACAAGUUUUCUUCGAGAACUUACGCUGAAAAAGUAUGUACUGUUCAAAGGGGUAGACCAAUGCCUGAUGUUUCUUUAACGAGUAAAGCAAAAAAUUGUAUUCGAAAGUUUAGCAAAGUGCAAUAUGAGAAGACAAAGUGGUUAGCAGCUUGUUCUGGCUUCAAUAAAUUUUACUGUUGGCCCUGCCUGUUAUUUAACAACGAAAGAGAACAUCAGAUGACAUUGGCAGGACAGAAUAUUUUUACUUCAGUAUCCUGGAAGAUAGCAUACAGAACAGAUGCAUAGAUGAGGAAUUGCAUUGAAAUUUCUUUUGUAAACGAAAUUUCUCAAAAGUUGCUGUUUGGCUGUUUGGAAUGUGUGCACGAUUUUUGGGACAUGAUUAAAGUUGAAUGAAUUUGCAGCAUCUUUAGAUAUCAACAAAGAUCACUGCUGUUAGAAAUAUAGGUGUUAAAAUAUUUGUGAUUAAACUAUAAAUACAACUAUAUAUAUAUCUAUAGUUUUGAUAGAGGAGAAAUUAUUUAAAAAUCUAUUUGAGAAAGUGAAAGGACGGAGUUUAUUUUCCUCAAGAGAUGGCAGAAGUGACAGAGAAAUCAACAGACAGUAGUGAUAUCUGUGAAAAGUCAUCCUCUCAAAAAGGUAACAUCUUGACUCCCAGACGAACUCCCAAAGAAGCAAAGCUACAUCACUGUGAUGUUUGCGGUAAAAUCUUUUCUCAAAGUAACUACUUGGUUACACACAUACGUGUACAUACAGGUGAGAAACCAUAUCACUGUGAUGUCUGUGGUAGAUCAUUCUCUGAAGGAAGUCAUUUGACAACUCACAAACGUACACAUACAGGAGAAAAACCAUAUCUUUGUGAUAUUUGUGGCAAAACGUUCUAUCAAAAAUGUCACUUAAACGAACACAAGUACUUUCAUACGGGAGAGAAGCCAUUUCACUGUGAUAUCUGUGAUAAAUCAUUCUCUCGUAAAAGCCACUUGACUUCACAUCAGAACAUUCAUACAGGAGAGAAGCCAUAUCACUGUGAUGUCUGUGGUAAAUCUUUCACAGAAGGAAGUACCUUAAGUAAACAUAUACGUAGCCAUUCAGGAAUCAAACCUUUUAAAUGUGAUAUCUGUGGUAAAUCAUUCUCUCGGACAAGUAUCUUAAAAAAUCACAAACUCAUCCAUACAGGAGAUUAGCCAUAUCACUGCAACACCUGCAGUUAAUCAUUAUCUAUUGUUACUUGAAUGGGCACAAGUGUAUUCGAUGCAUCACAUUCUGAAAGGAAUUAUCUUGAAUAAUCCACAUAUAGACUCAGAGAGAAGAGAAUAUCAAGAAUGUAACCCCAUCCAUGGUAAAGUAUUCUCUCAAAGCAGCCACUUAGCUACACCUGUAUAUAUUCAUACAGAAGAUUAACCAUAUAAUGUCAAAAAUCUUUCCAUAAAUCUCAUGUUAUAUAACCAUCGGUGUAUUUGUUUGACAAAGAAGAUAUAGCAAUCUUCGGACACUUUGUAUAACCAUAUCUAUGUGAUCGGAAGAGCGUC